AUGCUCCUUUCGCCAGCCUCCACAAGCGCAAGCUUGCCCUCUCAGUCGUUUUGGAACAAGCUCAGACCAAAGGGAAACAAGGACGAUACACGCGACAGACAAGCACAGAUGGCCCUAGCUCGCCAACGCCUGCUCACCCUCGUCUACGGGGAAAUGGAGACGAUCCGGAUGCUCCCCAACUCAUACGCCGAACUAGAUGCAGUGGCCCGUGAAUGGGCACGCCCUCCUCCAGACGCCAUGUUCAGUCUGCGAGUGCCAGUAGAAUAUGCGUCACUCCAUGCCGCUCGUUUGGUAGCAGGGCCAUACAUAUACCUCACUAGCGAUGACUCGUUCCAAAUUGCCGUAACAGGUGUGCAAGGCCUUCGAGUCGAAAUUGUUAGCGAUGCACCACCUCCACCUGAUGAGCCACCUCCUCCUCCCGUGCUGGAAAUGGACGCCACAUUCAACCUGGAGCUAACGCCUGGGCAGCAUAUAGCACUCGACGUCUCUGUAAACUCGGACGAGCUAGACAUGUCUCGGAUGGAGGACGGAACAACCGUUGAUGGGAUGUUCUGGGGGAAAUUGGAUAUAGUCCACGACGGGGACACGCAUAAGAUGGAGUUCAGCGGCACACGUCUGAACAACCAACAAGAAUAUUCCCCCGAUUUCCUAUUCGACUCCAGAGUAAUGACCAAACUCGCCGUCGCCGCAAAACCCACCGCAGCCAAGUGCCAGCUGAGCGUCCUGACUCCCGAAAUACAAUACUGCGACGUCAUCUUGUCGUUCUCGCCGCUGUGGAAAAUUGGCACGACAUGGCCCCCGGCGGAGCCAGUCGGCGAAAACAAAGUCAAGUACUUCCUUCGAGUGCAUCCUGGCGGUGCCCUCGAGCAUUUUGAAAGCGAAGUUGUCACAACUGCACUGUAUUACGAAGCUGUACCCGAUCCAAGCAUGAUUGAUCCUAAUGAAUUUAUUGCCCCACGAAAUGGCUUUGCUAUGUCCUUCCGGGAUUUCAUUCCCCAUCUCACCAAUGUCCUCAACCAACUUGGAAUGUCCGUCCAUGCACGCACGACGUUCAUCAAUAAUAACAUGGCUGCCUUCUCGCAACACAAGAACAUCGCAUAUCGCUUCUUACGACCCAGCAAAAUCGCAGCAGCGAUCGAUAUAUCUGUCACAACCGAGCCCUGCGUAUUUACGCGGAUGUUCCUCAUCUUCCGCGGCCUUUCAGACGACGAUUUGGGCUUGUUCGCUGGUGCCGGAGAGAAGGAGGCCAAUGGGAUGAAUUGGCGGGAAGUUGUUGGUUGGUCUGAAGACUCGAAAGACUCGACCCUCUUUAGGGUCUUAGAAACGACCGUGCUAGAAAUUACAUAG